AUGAAACGGAAGCACCCAGAAGUUGACGACGAGCCCUCUAUCUCGACGCCGAAGCGGCAGCGGAUUUCGAAAACUAACGGCCACGUCAAUGGCGAAGGAUCGCCUGAGCCACCUCCGUCGAAGCGAGUGAAAGUCACACCCCAAAAGCCAGCCGCUGAGACAGCAGCAACAUUGAAAGCGUCCGGACUCAGAACGCCAUCUAAUCGGUCAAAAGCAAAGGCUCUAUUCUCAACAUCCACAAGUGAGAAGGGGGCAUCGACUCCAACGAAAGUACGCGCUGAUCGUUCAGCGAAGAAGAAAAGUGCUCAGUUACUUCUCGACCAGGUUGAGGAUUCCUGGGAAGGAGGCGAUCAGCUAGCGGAGGAGAUAUUGGCCGGUGAAGACGCACCGGAUACAAUCGAUAGGCAAAGAAAUGAUAUUGUUGAAACAGUGGAGGCGGAUUCUACUGAGCCGAAGCAAGACAAGACCGAAAAGACACAGCCGGCACCGAAACGUCGUGCCGGAAGACCCAAAGGGGCAAAAAACAAGCGUUCUCCCACUCCUGAAGGGGAUCUGCCACCGCACGAGCGGUACUUCUUCCAGAACCGUGCUGGGCCCCCUCGGACGUCCAACAACAACCUGAACAAGGUGAAUUUGCUGACCCACGAGGAGUACUUUGAUAAGCACGCGAACUACCAGGACCCUUGCAAGCGGGAGACAGCCUUUCUUAAUGAUGUCCAUCGCAGGUCGUUCCCACAAUGGAAUUUUGAAUUCUCUCAGGGGUUUAACAUUUGUCUGUAUGGGUACGGCUCAAAACGUCGGCUCACUCAGGGUUUCGCGGACUGGCUCUAUCGCAGACACAGCUCGGCUCCUCCAUCUGUCGUGAUCGUUAACGGACAUACUCCCAACCUAUCUAUCCGAUCCAUUUUUGCUACUAUCGUUACAGCUGUCCUCGGCGCCGACAUUCCCUCUAAAAUGGGAGCUCAACCAGUGGAGGUCUUGGAAUUACUGCAGUCCGCUCUAAGGUCCCGGCCUGAUCAAGAUCCCAUUACCGUCUUUAUCAACUCUAUUGAUGCUCCCUCCCUCCGUCGUGCUACAAAUCAAGCUCUGCUUGCCCGCCUUGCAGCUACACCAAAGAUACAUUUGCUUGUAACCGCAGACACCCCAAACUUCCUGCUAAUGUGGGAUAUCAGUCUCCGGGAUCAAUUCAAUUUUGUGUUCCAUGACUGCACGACAUUCACACCAUUCGAUGCUGAGUUUGAUGUGGUCGAAGAAGUGCAUAGCCUUCUUGGCCGGAAGGGACGGCGUGUGGGCGGUAAAGAGGGUGUGGAGUUUGUGUUGAAGAGUCUCCCUGAGAACGCGCAGAACCUGUACCGAGUGCUGCUUACGGAGCUGCUGUCGAUGAUGGACGAAUAUUUGAAUGGGGAGGAUGAUAUGGACAACGGUGAUGGGGCAGCUGACGGGCCGAAGGAUGAGCCUGGGAUUGAGUUCCGAGCAUUAUACCAGAAGGCCUCCGAAGAAUUCAUCGCAUCUUCCGAGAUGAUGUUCCGCACGCUGUUGAAGGAGUUUCAUGACCACCAGAUGAUUACCUCGCGGAUGGAUGCGAGUGGGAUGGAAAUACUGAGCGUCCCGCUGUCCCGCAAUGAGAUGGAAGGGGUUUUGGAAGACCUUGUUCUGGGGUAA